AUGUUACCUAGAAAAUAUUUAUCUGGUAAUGAUAAGAGAAAAAAAAGAAAACGGGCAGAAGAGUUAAUAGAAUCUCAAAAGGGUGUCAUUGACAAUUUUUUUACUAAAGUAGUACAAGUAGAAGAGUCUUCUAAUGAAUUGGGUGAAAAUGAAAAUCAUGAACAAUUUAAUGAGAAUAUAAAUAAUGAAAAUCGUGAUAAUGAGGCAAAUGAGCCUAAUGAGGAUGCGACUAAUAUGAAUGAACCAACUAAUGUACCAAAUACAUCCGAUGUUAAUGAUGUUGGCAUUGAUCAAAGUGACACUUGGUAUGAAACAAGAGUGAGACUAGAAUUGAAUAAAGGCAUUGAUAAAGACUUGCAAAAGUCAAUUUCAAAGGAAAAAGAGCCUAAAAAUAAUUUAGCUUUUCGUGGAUCUAGCGGAAAACUUUAUGAUGAUAGUAAUGGUAAUUUUUUGGGCUUAAUUGAAAUGAUAGCUGAAUUUGAUUUGGUAAUGCAAGAUCAUGUUAGACAUAUUCAAAGCCAAGAAAUUCACAAACAUUACCUUGGUCCUCAAAUUCAAAAUGAGCUUAUUUAUCUUUUAUCUCAUGGUUCCCUUGAUUUGGAUAUUGAUGAUGUAAGGGGGCAAGGUUAUGACAAUGACUCUAAUAUGAAAGGGAAACACCAAGGGGUUCAAAAGAGAUUGCUUGAAAUUAAUCCAAGGGCUUUAUAUAUGCCAUGUGUUUGUCAUAGUCUUAAUCUCACUCUUUGUAAAAAGUUUCAAUCUAAAUGCAUGAGUAUUGGAGUUGUCAUGAAUGAAGUGCAAGGUAUGAUCACAUAUUUUGAGAAAUAUAGAAUUGAAGGGUUUGAAUCUAAUGUUGAUGCAGAUGAUCUUUUUUCUGAAUUGAAAGUGUUACAAAUGACUUUGCCAAAUGAUUUGAUGUCAGCAUUUGAAAUCCUUGAAUUUGUCAAAGUUGCAAAUUGUUAUCCAAAUGUUUCUAUUGCCUAUCGAAUCCUAUUAACUAUGCCGGUGACAGUUGCGUUUGCUGAAAGAAGUUUUUCAAAGUUAAAAUUACUAAAGACCUACUUGAGAUCUUUAAUGUCACAAGAAAGGUUGAAUGGUCUAGCUACUUUAUGUAUUGAGAAAAAUAUUUUAGAACAUAUUAAUGUAGAAACUAUUAUUAGUGACUUUGCAUCUAGAAAGGCUCGUAGAAAUAUUUUCAUAUGAAC